AUGAAUAUAUUCAGACUAAUAGGAGAUAUUUUGCAUCUAGUAAGUAUGUAUAUACUUAUUAUGAAGUUGAAGAAAUCAAAAAAUUGUAUAGGGAUAUCAUGUCGUAUGCAAGAGUUGUAUUUAAUAGUCUUUUUAUGCAGAUAUAUUGAUCUCUUCUUCGUAUUUGUUAGUUUUUACAACACAGUUAUGAAAAUAACAUUUAUACUGACCAUAGCAUAUACAAUAUAUCUAAUCAGAUUCAAAUUGCCCAUCUCGCAAACGUAUAAUAGAAAAGUCGAUAAUUUUAAGAGUGAAAAGUAUUUAAUCCCACCAUGUCUAGUUUUAAGCCUUUUAACGUGCAAAACAUACAACUUGUACAAUAUUUUGUGGUCCUUUUCCAUAUGGCUUGAAAGUGUUGCAAUAUUGCCCCAAUUAGUAUUAUUAGAAAAACAAAGAGAAGUAGAAAAUAUCACCUCACAUUAUGUUAUUACCAUGGGUAUGUAUAGAGCCUUCUACAUUUUGAACUGGAUAUACAGAUAUUUUUUCGAUGAAAAACCAUACAUUAAUGUUGUUGGAUGGUUAGGAGGACUUAUCCAAACCUUAUUGUACAUUGAUUUUUUUUACUACUUUGCGCUUGCUAAAUGGUAUGGGAAGAAACUGGUUCUGCCUUUUAACGGAGAAGUAUAA